AUGGUGUAGCCCACAUUCUGCUCUCUGGCAAAGGAGAAUAUUGUCAAACAGACAUUGGAAACCAAAAAGGAUAAAAAUGCAUUGGUCCUGGGUCUGGAUCGCUCUCUGCUCGCUCUGUCCGGCUGCGAUUUAUGGCGGAAAAAUUCUCGUAUUUCCAGUGGACGGCAGCCACUGGGUGAACAUGAAAAUCGUUAUUGAGGAACUCCAUGCAAGGGGCCACCAGGUUUCUGUGGUGCGAUCAACAGACAGCUGGUACAUCAAGGAAACGUCCCCAUUAUAUACUUCAAUUACAAUUGAUGCAGAGUCUGGAUUUGAUGAAGAAUUUUUAACUCAUUUUGUGGCCCGGUUGCUGGAAAUCCAGAGGGAAGGGAACUCUGUCUGGACUCGUUUGAAGCUGGAAAUGGAACAAGCAGAGAAAGCUGCUGAGAUGUAUGAGAAAGCAUGCAAAAUGCUUGAGGUGCUCUUUGAUAACAAAGAUCUUAUCAAAUCAAUACAGGACACCAAAUAUGACUUGGUCCUAGCAGACCCUGCUAUACCAGGGGGUGUUCUACUUGCCCACUACCUCAGGUUGCCUCUUGUUUUCAAUGUCAGAUGGACAAGUCAUGGUGAAGGCCAUUUUUCUAUCGCACCGUCUCCUCUUUCUUAUGUUCCAAUGACAGGGACCAAGCUUUCAGAUAAAAUGAGCUUUCUUGAGAGGGUUCUCAACAUAAUCUUUUUUGGUUUCACAGAAUAUCAAAUAGCAUUUUAUGUUUUACCAUAUUAUCAAGCUGUAACUACAAAAUACUUAGGUCCAGAUGUAGACUUCCUAUCGUUGUUUCCAGCUGCCGACCUGUGGCUCAUGAGAGUGGACUUUGUGUUUGAGUUCCCCCGUCCCACCAUGCCUAACGUUGUCUAUAUGGGAGGGUUCCAGUGUAAACCAGCAAAACCUCUUCCUGAACACCUGGAGGAGUUUGUGCAGAGUUCUGGAGAGCAUGGGGUCAUCAUCAUGUCUCUGGGGACUCUGAUUGGAGAGCUUCCCCAUGACCUCGCUGAUGACAUUGCUAGAGCUUUUGCUAAAUUACCUCAGAAAGUCAUCUGGAGGCAUAAAGGUGACAGACCAGCCUCUCUGGGCAACAACACUUUAAUAGUCGACUGGAUGCCUCAGAAUGAUCUUUUAGGACAUCCCAAGGUUAAAGCAUUUGUGGCUCAUGGAGGAACAAAUGGCGUUCAAGAGGCAAUCUACCACGGAGUUCCUAUUGUCGGACUUCCAUUGAUUUUUGAUCAGCCUGAUAAUCUAUUUAGAAUUGAAGCAAGAGGAGCAGGGAAGAUACUUGAUAUUUUUUCUUUGAAUGAAGACAUCUUCUUUCAGGGUGUUCAAGAAGUCCUGAAUGAGCCCUCCUACAGGAUGAACAUGCAGAGACUCUCCAGGCUGCACAGAGAUCAGCCAAUGAAGCCAUUAGACACUGCCCUCUUCUGGAUAGAGUUUGUCAUGAGACACAAAGGUGCAGCUCACCUUAGAACAGAGUCCUACAGAAUGCCCUGGUACUCCUACCACUCUGUGGAUGUCAUGUUUUUCUUGGUUGGAGUUGUGCUGCUAAUUGUGGGCAUAUUUGUUGCUUUAAUAAGACGUUGCUGCUCCAUGUGUCUGAGAAGAAAAACUAAACGUGAUUGAAAAAAUCAAAAGUAGCAAUCAAAAUCAAUCAAAUCAAAAAUCCCAGCAACAUAUGCUUUUGCUGCCUUAGCCAUUUUUACUGUGAUUUAUUGGGGAUAACAGAAAAAAAAUUCUUAAAAAAAUUUGAUAUGAUUCUUGUAAAAAAAGACAAAACUAAAUCACUGCUUUAAGCCAUAUAUCAAAAGUUGAUUAUAUUUGAUUAACUGUUGUCUCAGGGCUAUUAUUAUUAUUGGAUUACUGGAUUAACAAACAUAUCCUUUACCAUGCAUUUUUUUGUCAAGUCAGGGUUUUUACAUCAUAUUUAUUACUCUUUGAAUAUAUGGCCCCUUUAUAUCUGUAACAUGAGAUCAGGGUCCACACGGAUAAAACGUUUGCCUUCAGCAGAAAGAAUUAAAUAAAUGUACAGUAAA